UCCCUUCUCACCCGCCGGCCGCCAACAACGAGCUUCUGCCCCUGCUCGCCUGGUGACGAGCCUCCGCCUUUGCUCGCCGGCCGCCGGCCACUGGCGACGUGCCUCCGCGUCGGCUCACCAGCGACGAGCCUCCGUCGCUUCUCACCCGCCGGCCGCCAACGACGAGCUUCCGCCCCUGCGAUACGGAUCCAAGCUCCAGCGAACUCCCGUGAGCUAAUCCUCUUCCCCGUUCUCGAUCUCCUCUUCUUCUUCAGUUCGUGGCCGCUUGUUGCUUGAUUUCUUUGCUCCCCACUUCGUCUUCCUGUCCCCAUUCUCGAUCUAUUAUAUUUCUGCAGUGCAGACGCGCAGUUAGUGACUUCUUGUUGCUUGAUUGCUUGUAUGCAGUAGAUGGCAUCCCCAAAUAUGAGUAGUGCUAGUGCAGGUGCAAGUGCAAGUGCUAGUGCUAGCAUAGGAUCUGAAGCCACACACACAAUAGACAUCAAGGCUCCACUUUGGGAUCAUGUCACCAUUCUGGAGAAGGCUAAAACUGGUGGAGGAAAUACUUUAUGGCGCUGCAAGUAUUGUACAAUGGAAAAACUGAGUAGUUACACUAGAGUUGAAGCUCAUUUGCUGCAGAAGGGAAGACUGGGAAUAAGUAAAUGUCCUAAUGUUACAUAUGAAAUGCUUAGUGACAUGAGGAAGGAAGUUGAAAGGUGCAAGGAUUUGGUGGAAAGAUCGAAGACAAGAACUGUUUCUUUGCCUACUGCUCCUUCCUCAAGCAAUACUGCUGACACCAACAAGAGGAACAAGAGGGGGUCUGUUUCUGCAUUGGAAAAAGCUUGGGCAUUAGAAGACCGUAAGCACUUGGAUGCUUUAAUUUGUAGAGCAAUUUAUUCUGGAGGGGUAUCUUUCAAUUUUCUGAGAAAUCCAUACCUUCGAGAAGCCUUUGCCUUUGCUUGCAGCCGCAACAUGCAAGGUUAUUUGAUUCCUGGUUACAACAGAGCUAGGGAGGGACUUCUGAAGCAAGAAAGGAGGCACCUAGAGACUUUGUUGGACAGCACAAAGAGCACAUGGGCUGAGAAGGGAGUCACAAUCUGCUCUGAUGGUUGGUCAGAUCCUCAGAGGCGACCAAUCAUCAAUUUUGUUGUUGUUUCUGACAAGGCACCUAUGUUCUUGAGGGCUGAUAAUUGUGAAGGUGAGUACAAAUCAAAAGAAUACAUUGCUGAAAAGUUGAAGGGUAUAAUUGAAGAAGUAGGUCGACAAAAUGUAGUGCAAAUCAUUACAGACAAUGCUGCAAAUUGCAAAGGUGCUGGUCUCAUAAUAGAAUCUGAGUAUGACAACAUAUUUUGGACACCAUGUGUUGUGCAUACCCUCAAUCUUGCUUUGAAAAGUAUAUGUGAACCUAAAAUACGAGACAACCCUUCUGAUGAAGAAAUGGUUGUUUGGAGGGAACUUGAAUUUAUGCAUGAUGUUAAAACUGAGGCUGCUCUGAUAAAGAAUUUCAUAAUGAAUCAUGGCAUGCGGCUUUCAAUGUUCAAUCAGUUCAGCCGUUUGAAGUUACUUUCUAUUGCUGAAACAAGAUUUGCCUCUGUUGUAUGUAUGUUGAAGCGGUUUGUUGAUGUAAAAACAGCCCUCCAAUAAAUGGUGAUUAGUGACAGAUGGAGUGUGUACAGAGAAGUCAGAGAUGAUUCUCCAACUCCAACAGCCCAAAUUGUCAAGGACUUGAUACUUAGUGAUGUAUGGUGGGAUAAGGUGGACUUCAUUCUUAGGAUUACUACUCCUAUAUAUGAAAUGAUUCGUAUAACAGAUACCGACACUCCAUGUCUUCACUUAGUUUAUGAGAUGUGGGAUUCAAUGAUAGAGAAAGUGAAGAAAGUUAUAUAUCGAUAUGAGGGCAAGCAAGAAGAUGAAUCAUCAGACUUGUACUCAGUUAUUUAUGACAUAUUGAUUGCUAGGUGGACAAAAGGAAAUAAUCCACUUCAUUGUUUAGCUCAUUCACUUAAUCCAAGAUACUAUAGCAAAAAGUGGCUUGAAGAAGGUGUUGGCCGUGAACCACCCCACAAGGAUAAAGAGGUAUCAAAAAUGAGGAUGGUUUGCUUUAAGAAGUUCUUUCCCAUGCAAGAAGAGUUGGCUAAAGUAAAAGAAGAGUACUCAAGAUUCUCUAGUUGUUCAGAAGAAUUUAAUGAUCCUGACUCAAUCCAUGAUAGAUGGGUUGUUUCCCCUAUGACUUGGUGGACAAAUCAUGGACAAUCUGCUCCCUUAUUGAUGAGUUUGGCCAUGAAAUUGCUUAGCCAACCAGCCUCAUCUUCUUGUUGUGAAAGAAACUGGAGCACCUAUAGCUUUGUCCAUAGUGUCAAGAGAAAUGCCUUAACUCCAGAGCGUGCAGAAGAUUUGGUCUUUGUGCACUCAAAUCUGAGGCAUCUGUCAAGAAGAACUGAAGCAUACAAGUCAGGAGAGACAAGGAUGUGGGAUGUAGGAGGGGAUUCUUUUGAUUCACUUGGUGGUAUUGGCAUUCUUGAAGUGGCUGACCUGUCCCUUGAUGAACCUGAAUUGCAAGCUGUGACUUUUGGUUUGGAUGCUCAGGAGGUUGAUGUUGUGGAAGACAAUUAGACAAAUGAGGAAUAGGAACUUGCUGCUGCAUGAAUUGCAAACCUGAAUAGGCUGAAUGCCUUUUAUUGCUUUUCCUAAAUUUGAGACUACUAUAUUUGAGACCUUCAGACCUACUGUUCUGUAAUAAUAGUACACUUAAGUAGUUAAUUGUGAGGUUUUAUUGCUAUCAGUUUUAAGUUUAGACCUGCAUUAUUUCUUUUUAUUUUAUUUUUUAAAAUAUUAAACGUAUCCGCAUAUCGGGUUUUUUGGGAAAUUGGAGUAUCCGCGUAUCUGUAUCCUUCCGAUAUCGAUACGCGUAUCCGUAUCCGUGCA